AUGCAGUUUGAUGACGUAAUCCAGGGCCGUCGGAGUAUCCGCGGCUAUAAAUCAGACCCUGUUCCGAAGGCUCUAAUCGAAGAAGUUCUCGCGCUGGCGAUGCGCGCACCCUCGUCGAUGAACACCCAGCCUUGGAGUUUCUACGUCAUCUCCGGCGAACCUUUGGACCGCAUCCGCGCCGGCAAUACGGAACGGAACCUGGCAGGGGUCCCGCACUCUCGCGAAUUCCGCAUUGGGCAGCCUUUCGACGGCAAGCACCGGGAAAGGCAGAUUGGCGUCGCCAAGCAGUUGUUUUCAGCUAUGGGGAUCGCCCGGGAAGAUAAAGAAGCACGCCAGGAUUGGGUGCUGCGGGGCUUUCGCCAGUUUGAUGCACCGGUAUGCGUGAUUGUGACCUAUGACCGUGCAUUGGCCGAUAGCGACGAUACACCGUUCGACUGCGGCGCGGUGACAACCGCACUCGUGAAUGCGGCCUGGUCGCGCGGGCUGGGGGCCGUGAUCAAUAGCCAGGGUAUCAUGCAGUCUCCUGUCGUGCGCGAGCAUGCAGGCAUUGCCGAUGAUCAAGUCAUCAUGAAAGCUGUUGCACUCGGCUGGCCUGAUGACAGCUUCCCGGCCAACGAAGUGGUAUCAGAACGCAAGAGCGUCGAGGACGCGACGGUGUUCGUCGGUUUCGACGACUAG